CAGAAGUGAAAUGUAACUCGCGCAUGCGCAGUUUGUAUUUGUCUGAUGACGCUGUGUUUGUUGUCUUAACCCAGUUGCAGUAUCUACAGCUCUGUCGUAAAGUGUAAAAUACACGUUACAGUUAUGUAGCACACAGAGGGAGGACUUUACCCCGCUGAACGGGGCUAACCAGGCGAGCCAACUGCGUUGUGUGUGUGUGUGGAGCAGAAAAUACACCACAGCCACCUCCUUAUGCUGUUGUUGCUCUCCAGUGUCCUGCUAAGAUGUGGCAGAGUGUGGGGCUCACGCUGCUGGUCAUUGUGGCCACACUGGUGUGCGCACUCCUCUUCAUGCUGUUUGGUUGGUAUGUAGUCUGGCAGCUCUUCUUGUCCAAGUUCAAGUUCCUGCGGGAGCUGGUCGGGGACGCCAGCACCCCCCCCGCCCAAUCGCAGCCGCCCGAGUCCAAGAGCGAGCGCACAGCGAGCGCCCCGAUGCGAAACCGGCCCAGGUCCGCACGCCAAAGAGUCGCCUCUCAGGAAAGCCUUUCAUAGGUCACCCACAGUGUAUCCCGUCAUGAACACCCCCCCCCCCCCCCCCCCCUCCCACCCCUCUCACCCCGACUAGCCUCUACAAUCGUGGUGUGUGUGAUCAAUCAGAACCCCCGCUACACUACACAAGGACCAUGUCCAGGGCCGGUAGUCAGGCCUCCUCUUCACCAUGACACUUUAAAGUGAGCGCGCACGUCGCCUGCUCUCAAAGGGAAAAGCCAUUUCUGUCACUUGCUCACCUCACAUGUGUCAUUAUGUAGCGAGCAGCGAGUCUGGACCUGUUGUGUUCCUGUAAUGGGGACGAGCCACGCCGCUCCCUGCUGCACCCACGUGUAGUGUGAAGAUGCUCCGUCACAAAAAAGAGAGCUGUGUAAACGCUCUUAAACGUACGUGUUUUAAUCUUGUGUUUUCAACAGAAUGAAGUCCUAUUUUGUACCAAGUAAGCCGGAUAAAGGUUAGAAAAAAUUGAAAUCGUCGACAACAACUACAGAGAAAACUGAGACAGGGAUUUAUACAACUGACCGCUUUCUUUUGUUUAACAGUGCAAUGAAAUGUAUGUUUACGCUGUCAUUUUGUUGUUUCUCUGCGCGCUUCCAUCCAAGAGGGGAAAUCUGUCUCGCUCCAAGACCAAGAGGACAAAUGACUUUAUUCCGGUUGUGUAAAACGGGAAAUGUUCUUCUUGCCACUUCUCCUUCACCCUUUGAAUUUAAUUGUACAGAUUUAUACUUGAAGAGGAGACGUGAGAACGUUGGUCUCCAUGAGCAUCGGAGCAGCCCUUCUCUGUGCCUCUGUCUGCACCUGUGCCUGACCAGAUGGCAGGUCACAUGGCCUCCUUUCUGUACUGCCCACAGUAUCUGAUUUGUCAUUACAGUACAAGCCAACGCUAAGCUAAUCAAUUUUUAUGUAUUAUUCUCCCUCCAAGUCAAACUCAUGUAACUGUUGCACCAUUUUUAAUCAGCAGAGAUUUAUUUUCUCUCAGUGGAGCAGCAGCUUCAAAUAAAUUAUGCCAUGAAUAUAAUGAGUCUGUCUUUUUCAAAGGUAAUGGGAUUUGAGUACUUUUAAUAUUAUUUGUUUUAAUUGGCUAUACAUUCCUUGUGUAAUAAAAACACGUCCUCAUAAACUGCCUCAAAC